AUGAGUACAUCAAACUUGAGACACAAAGGUUGGAUUUUGCAGUAUUCAAUUUUGCGAUUAGGGGAACGCGAUGCUUCUAAUAUCCGGAAACAAACUUUCCUUCCAAGUUCUUUUAUUGGAGGGCCCCGGGAUAUGCGUCAACGGUACAUGGAUGCUAUUGCGCUCGUGCAGCAUUUCGGUAAACCUGAUUUGUUUAUAACAAUGACAUGUAAUCCCUCUUGGACAGAAAUAAAGGAACAUUUAAUCUCAACUAAUGAGGCACAUAACAGGCCUCAUUUGAUCAGUCGAGUAUUUAGAGCGAAAAUAGAAGAAUUCAAAAAGGAUAUACUAAAACGAAAUAUCUUUGGGAAAGUUGCAGCUUUUAUGUAUACUGUAGAGUUCCAAAAGCGAGGUUUACCUCACGCUCAUUUUCCUAUAAUAUUAACCAACGAAUACAAGUUACUUACUCCAGAGGCCUACAAUAAUAUUAUUAGUGCAGAAAUACCUGAUGAAAAAGCAGAACCAGAUUUAUAUUCACUUGUUCUUAAACACAUGAUGCAUGGUCCGUGCGGUAAUCUAAACCCAACAAAUUCUUGUAUGAAGAAAAAAGGUUACUGUAAAUUCAAAUACCCAAAAAAAUUUGCGGAGCAGACAUCAAAAGGAAUAGAAUCUUAUCCAAUUUAUAGAAGACGCAAUACAGGAGUGGUAGUAAAAAUAAGAGAACGACACUUGGAUAACUCAUGGGUUGUUCCAUAUAAUCCUUUUUUGCUCGAAAAAUUUGAUUGCCAUGUGAAUGUUGAGAUAUGUUCUGAUAUUAAGGUCGUUAAGUAUCCUUAUAAGUAUAUAUGUAAAGGACACGAUAAGAUUGCAUUUUCUGUACACAAUAAGGACACCAACACAGAAGUAAUAGAUGAGAUAAAAGAAUAUCAUUCUGCUAGAUGGGUCUCGCCUCCGGAAGCUAUGUGGCGGUUGUACGGUUUCUCCAUCAGUGAAAUGUACCCGAGUGUAUGCCCUCUUCAGCUUCACCUUAAAGGACAACAAUUUGUUUCAUUUAAAAGCAGCGCAAACAUAGAUACGCUUGUAAAUAAUUCGAUGAUUAAGCAGACGAUGUUAACACAAUUUUUUGAAAUGAAUAGAACAAACACAGACGCUGAAGAACUCAAUCUAUUAUAUCGAGAAUUCCCCGAACAUUUCGUUUGGUCUGCAACGGAGAAAAUGUGGACGCGCCAGAAAAAACAACGUACUAUUGGCCGUGUAGUAACAUGUCAUCCAACAGAAGGAGAGCGAUACUACCUUAGGAUGUUACUAAUGAAUAUUAGAGGACUAAAAUCAUAUAGGGAUUUACUAACUGUUAACGGAGAACACUGCAGUAGCUUUAGGGAAUCUGCGGAAAAACGUGGAUAG